GACAGACAAGGGUUGAUCUCGUUCUGUCAAAGAGGUCAAAAUAUGUCAAUUGCCAGGCUUUCUUGCGUAGAUUUAUAAUUAUUAAAUUUCUCAAAAAAUGUCACGCGAUAAAAGCGUGUGGUUUGCUGAGGAGAUACUGUUGGAUGCUAAAUUAAUAAAUUUUCAAUUGGAGACGGGAGAAUGGGAUGCUGUGGAGGAAAUGUUGCGAGCGGAGGCGCAACUUUCCCGAGACGCAGAGACCGGACGAUUGCGGCCGAAAAAAGCGUCAGAGUAUACUUUACGACUAAUAGCGGAAGUGCUUCACAUAAUGCGUUUGGAUGUUGAGCAAGCUUCUUACAACAGAAGCACGCUUGCAGUUGCUGAACAGUGUCUCCGGCUAGUCCGCUCCUGUGCUGCGGCUGGCACGAAGAUGCAGACUUACAUAUCAAAAGAACUAUCAAUUUUAGACUCUAUGCUGAUCCUAGCUACAGAAUACCAACACCCAAGUGUUGACUUCAUUAAUGAGGAUUUACAAAAAAAGUUUGAAUCCUGCAUGACAGUUCUCAUGCAGACUUUAGGAAACCUAGUUGUUAAUAAUCCAUUCAACCAAAUCAUGAUUUGGAAUAAAUUUGAUGCCAACAUCCUCAACAGUCUUGUUGGGUCCAAUGAUAAAAUAGCCACAGCAGCUGCCAUGAUUGUCUACAACAUUUUAUUAGGCCAACCAAAUGUGUUGCCAGACGAUGUGACUUUGCUAAACUCCUUAGCAUACAUGUACAGUAAUGGCAACACUGAAUACCCGCAUUUAAUAAUAGAAUACUUAAUUGGAGUGGAGAAUACUUACAUAGAGAAAUUGUAUUCGAAAUUAGAACCUGAAUGUAGGAUGCUUGUUUUGAACUUGGCAUACAAUAUAUUAAUGUCAACAGAAUCUCAGGAUAUCAAUGUGUCCGUAAACUUUGUGAAGUUUAUGGCUCAUGAGUUUAAAAGUAAAUCAGAUUGCAUACUGAAGACUGUUGACAAGUAUGUGAACUCUAUAGAGCCUCAAGAAGUUGUUUUUCUUUUGGAAAUUAUAGCGACGGCGUCUAGUAUGGACACCUAUAUGGACUGUUUACAAACAGACAGCUCUUUGUUUAUAAAUUGUGCUUUCCUUCUCCGGGCAAUACAUAAGCUCGGUAAAGAAAGCAGCAAUUUCUUUUCAUCCCUCAACAAACUAUAUGAAGCGACGGGUAAAGUUCUUAUCAAUGAUGAGAAUCUAUCAACCAACAUGCCUUGCGAGAAUCCUUUCCCGGACGCCAAAAACGGACGAAGCAACUCCAAUGUUAAGAUCGACGCGGAUUUAUCGAAAGUUGCGUAUAAGAGGAGCAGUUCCGUUCCGAAAACUGACGACCGCGUGCCUUUGCCGACGAGACGGAUCAGUCUGGAACACAAGAUCGAUAUAGGGGACGACAACGAGCCGCCCCUGAUCAUAGACUCGUCCUCGCCGAACGGGAGCAUGAACACUAUAGCGGAGGUGAUCCCUUUAGCUCUGCAGUCGCGGUUGGAACUGCAGCCCACAAGCAGAACUGAGUCACAAGACAGCUCGCCCAACGAUCCCCCUACAGAAAUCCACUUACCCAGAGAGGAGUUGAAAUGCGAAGUGAAAGCAUCUCCGAGUGAGAUAUCUCCCCCUUUAGCCGACAGCUUACCUGAAAAUGAAUCGCAGAAGCAAUCUCCUGACACCCCUAAGGAGAUUAAGAAGAGCCAGAAUCUGUCGACUGACUUCGACUUAAGUGAGCAGCUGCAGAAGAUUCUAGGUAUAUCGUCGGAGAAGACUCGUGGUGACAACUCAGCGGCUGAGAAGAAAAAUGAACCGGCUAAAGAAGUGAAAAUUUCUGACGAGGCGCCUCAGAACAAGGUGCCAUCGGUGAAGAUUGACUCGCCCGAGAGUCAGAAACCCAGGCUCGGCGCGAUAGACAUGACGACGCCAAAGAAGUCGAUUACCAGCGUGGAGACGGUCGAACGUCACGUGGCGUUCGGGUUCAAAGCAACCCUCGUACGAACACUCGCCAAUCUCUGCUGGAAGAAUCAAGAGAACAAGAAAUUGAUUCGAGAACUUGAAGUCAUCCAAGUACUUCUUGACUGCUGCAAUAUUGACGCUCGAAAUCCCCUUAUUAUGCAGUGGGUGAUCUUCGCCGUUCGCAACCUUUGUGAGAACUGCCCGGAAAACCAGGAGGUAAUAUCAAAGAUGACUCUUCAAGGUCCAGUUGACACGGAGAUUCUGCAGGAGAUGGGGCUCACGCUCCACGCCGACUCUCAAGGCAAUAACAUCAAGAUCGUUCCUAUGUCUCGCGGAUAAACAUUAUAAAUCAAAUAUGUUGACUAGCCUUCUUGAACAAAAUUCAAGAAAAAAUACCUUUAUAUUUAUGGCCAAAGUAAAAUAGAUAUAUAUUUGUACUGGCAAUUUAAUUCAGUUUUAAGUGUCAUUUUUGACGUUUGAGACGAAUUAUGUAAGAUAGCCAGUUUCACUGAAAUUCAAAGUGGCCAGAGUAUUACUCAAACCGUUUUAUGUAAAAAAAGUAAUCGUUAUUACUAUAGCUUAACAUUUUAAUCCAAAGCUGCUGUUCAGCUGUUAUACGCAAUAAUAAACUACACUAGUUUGCUUGUUGCAAGUUAUCAACCAUGUAUCCACGAUUUAUAAAUAUUACAAAUAAAUUAUGAAUACAUAAA